UUUUGUGCCACACACCAUGGAAACCCAUUUGGUCCUCUUUUUGCUCCUCCUUGUCACCUUCAGUAGCCAUGCCAACAGUCUCUCGACUAGUCCCAAAUACAAGUCUUCCAUUCCUGAACUAAGCCAACAGAAAAGGCCUGACAAUGAGACCAUAUACAAGGUUUCAAAGCAGCUAUGCUGGGGCUGCAUUGCGGAGUCGCUAGAGUUUUUGUUCCGGCACAACUUGGUGAGAGCAGCCAAGUGGGAGUUUCCACUGAUGUGGGACUUCCAGCUGGAGCAAUACGCGAGGUGGUGGGCUGGGCAAAGGAAAGGAGAUUGCAAGCUGGAACAUUCUUUCCCAGAAGAUGGUUUCAAGCUAGGAGAGAACAUUUUCUGGGGCAGUGGCUCAACGUGGACGCCAAGCGAUGCUGUCAGAGUGUGGGCUGAUGAAGAGAAAUACUAUACCUACGCCACUAAUACCUGUGUGCCGGGUCAGAUGUGUGGCCAUUACACUCAGAUAGUGUGGAAGAGCACCAGAAGGAUUGGAUGUGCAAGGGUUGUGUGUGACGAUGGAGAUGUCUUCAUGACUUGUAAUUAUGAUCCCGUCGGCAAUUAUGUUGGAGAGCGACCCUAUUAGACUAUGUGGCCUUUCAUGUACUAUAGUAUUGGAUAAUAUAUAUAUAUAGUGCUAGCUUAUUUGAGUGUGAAUUUUGUUCCUCACUCCUUACUCCUUAGCAGUGAGUAUAAAUUGUGCGAGUGUAUGUAUGUAUAUACUUGUGGGAUAAUAAUGGGAUUGGCUUUAAUAAUUAAUUAUUACUUGGGACAAUAAAUCAAUGUCCAAGAAAUAAAAGGGUAUCAGUAGCAGGGAUCUGUUUCCUGAACUUAAACUGAGUCAAGAGUGAAUUAAAAUAUUUAUCCUCCCAUGUGAAUUGUAUCUGAUUGUCAACUAUGCCAGCUUCAGUUGUCUGUCUCA